AUGUCCAUCGAUCAGGUUACAGCCCAAAUUGAAGGGCUGGCUCUUGAACAAUCACCGACUCUUGCUGACUCGCCCUCGCCAGUGGAGCAAGUUGCACAACCAAGAGCGGCCGGAAAAGGUGAGGAUCUCGUUCGAGCCGUUCCUCACCACCCAGGAACUCACGCAGUGGGACCAGGCGGGCGACUGGCCUCCCGACUUAUCCAGGAUUGGUUUGCUGGCUAUCUUCCGGAAGGCGGAGAGGGCGGACUACAAACCAAGUGUUCUGCGUUGCGCGUCUUCCCUCCUCACCCCGACGGAGGCUCGGAUCACGAUUUCAUCAUCGAAUUCUCGCAGAGCUAUGACGCGCCGAGCGACCCCGAGGGCCGGGGGAGGACUUUGAUUUCUUGUAUGUGCAGCCACUGCCGCCACCACUUCGUCUUCCAUAUCUGCCCUCCCUCCGGCGAAGAGAGCGAGGCGCAUUUGCAGCACCAUUUCCGUGUCGAGCAUGCCGAAUCCCAUGCCGGCUCCGAAUCCGCCGUGUUUCAACCCUACAGCAACGACCACCUGCGGGGCCGGUUUCGAUAUGCCUGCACCCUCUGCGGCCUCGCCGUCAACCUCGAGAUAUCUGUACCCCGGCUGAAGCCGUCUUGGCUUAAGAUGGUUAUGGACGAGAAUAGGAUCAAGGAGUCUCUGAGGAUUGCCAGGGAGCAAGACCCAGCACGCUACGCGAACCUCAGCCCGGAGAAGGAGACACACUAUCUGACAACGGCUCUCUCCACUCUGAACCAGUACCUGAAGAAUAUUCUUGAUGACGACGGUACAGGAGCUCAUAAGAGGAUCUCCUGCCGAAACAAGACCUUUCUGGUGCAGUUCGGCCGAGACUGCGACCACAUCUUUCGAUACCUGGGGUUCAAGGAGGACCAUUCCGACGAGUCGGGAGAGUCAUACUGGCUGCCGCCGCGGCUGCCGCCUCCGGAAGGCAAAGCACCCGUCGGCUCUCUCAGGGCCUUUUACGACGACGUGAGGUACGAGGUGCAGAGCGUGCUUGCUGACAGGCCGCCCGUGCCCGGCGAGCCCGUCAUCAAGCCUAUCUCAGCAGCAGGGGCCCGUGACCAACUCGAGAAGGCUCUGGGGUGUGAUAAGAGCCAUCGUUGUUUCAGCACAUUGCCGGUGAACGAAAAUGAGUCGCAGUACUUCACCGCCCUAGGCGCGCCCGUUGACGCCGACGAUGCGUUGAUUAAGUUUGCGUACGGCAGGCAAGUCGAAUCAGACCCGGAGAACACGCCGGCUUACUUGGAAGCACUCGGCACCCUCGCGGCUCGCCGGUCAGAAGAACUCCAAAUGUUCGUUUUCACCCAUCAGGAGUUACUCGCAAAGCGUCAGAGGGAGGCUACCGCCGUAGCGCCCGACGGUGGCCAGGCCGGGAAAGCAUAUGCUCAUUUCGGCCUUACGAGAGCUUCUUCCGAUGACCCAGCGUAUAUUGUUCGCGUGUACCGGACCUACAGGGAGCAGUCUCCCGCGCAAAAGUCGGACCAUCGGCUCGCCUUGCUCGAGAUUUGGAAGGACUGCCGAAGUGACGAAAUCCGGAUCGAGGUCUUUAGGAAGAAUAUGGAUCUGUCGGAAGCGUGUAAGUUCCUACACGUGGAGCCGGAAUGGCCAAUGGAUAAUAUCGCUGCCUCGGCGCAGAGCGUAUCCUCGGAUCUUGACUUGGACCAUCUAGAUCUCCUAAUACUUGCGCUGGAAUCCAUUUCAACCGCUAAGCCCGAGAAUGACCCCAACCGCUCGGCUUUUGAACGCGCCUUUACUGAGAUCGUAUCCGGUCGGGAAUCCUUAGUUCUUCUCUCCGACAACUCCGGCUUUGAUGGCCCGGGGCGGGCGGCCGCCGAGCGCUCUCGUGAGGCCGUGGACUUGGAGCUACCCGUCGGUCUUGCCAAUCUCCGGAAUACCUGCUAUCUCAACAGCAUACUACAGUAUUUCUACUCCGUCAAUGCUGUCAGGAAUCUGGCUGUAGGGUCCGACUUGCCUGCUCUAGAGCCAACCGAGGCGAAUCUUAGCCACAUCCUGCGCGCCGGUAGCAGUAACCAAGAGGAGAGUCGAUCUGAACUGGAGACCGGCAGGGCCUUUGUUGGUCAUGAAUUCACACGCGAACUUGGCACCCUUUUCCGUCACCUAGAUGCGGCCGGGGAUAGCUCCAUUCCACCUCGCCAGCGUCUCGCCAACGCUGCUCUGUUGAGACCGGAGAAGUUGCGUCCCCACGAUGGCGAUGCACCACCGCUACCACCACGUGCGGUCGAGAGCUCCGUUAGGGAAGUCUCUGACGUACCAAUGCUGGAGGUCGAACCAUCCGAUCUAGAGAGUUCUGCUAGCUCGCAACAGACUCUAGUCGAUUGCGCCGACCCAGAAAACCCGUUGAUUGUCACACUUGACGAUCGGAUCACAGACAAGGAAACGGCGACUGUGGAUAGCCCUGCUAAGCCGGUCCCAUCCGACCCUACUGUCACCCGUUCGACUGAAGGGGAGGUAAAGAUGUCAAAACUCACAGUCGAAGAGCUCGCCACAGAGCUCGACAAGCCGAACGUCGGAUCUGACCAGAUGGAUGUGGACGAGGUCAUGGGGAAUGCCAUUGAUCACCUGCGGGCAGCGUUCAAGGUUUCCAGCAUUAGUGGCUCCGAAACCGCACCCGAUCCUAUCAAGGACGCUUUCUUCUCGACAUUCAUCGACAACCGGAAGAAGAUUGACGAAUCAAAGUGGAACAGAACGAGCAGAUCCGACCGCUGGGUAACAGCAUACCCGGCCCAGUCAGGGACACGGGAUCUGUAUGAUGCCCUCGCCAAUUCGUUUGACCUCGAGCCGCUACCGGGCGACCUCCUAUCAUUCACCACCAUUGAACGGCCCGCGCCCCAUUUCCACGUCUGCAUCCAACGAUCUGACGGCGUUAGAAAAAAUGCCAACCCCAUCAGCAUCCCCGAGACGCUAUAUCUCGAUCGCUUUAUGGAUACUUCGGACACCCAGUCCUCCCUUCACAAGGGGAGGAAGCGUAAGUGGGACAUCGACACCAGACUGAAUGAGAUGACGGAUUCCACGGCGAAAGAGCGUCUGGAUACAUCUAAGCCAGGGUUUCAGGCUGCAGGCCGCCCUUCGGACCCGAGCCCGCAGGCCGAUGGACCCACCGAAGAGGAGGUUGACGGGUUUCUGCUCGUAGGGGGGUCAGAUGAGCUCGUUCAGGCCCAGGCAUCCUCCGUGGCGAAGACAACCGAUAUCAAUCUGGAUGUUCACGGCUCCCCUGACGCAGAGUUGAAGCAGUUAAUGGGGAAAUACGGGGUUAAGGAACCCGAUGUUUCUCGGACCAGCCCAAGACCGCUACAAAAGAGCACCUACGACAUCGAUUUCCCGCCUGUCGGCGUCACUGGGUUUUGGGAGAAGUUCGUGGCUGAGGAGAAGGCAGAGAGGGAGCGUUUGAUGGCGGAGCGAGACGGAAUCUUCGGCGAUGCUCGCGCAAUGGCUUACCGUCUCCAUGCCGUUGUGUGCCAUGCGGGGACCACUGCCUCUGCCGGCCACUACUGGGUGUGGAUCCACGACUUUGAGCGCAAUGUCUGGCGCAAGUACAACGACACCGUGGUCUCGGUUCAUCCAGCCGAGUUCGUCUUUGGGGAGCUCAACACUAAGGGCGAGCCAUACUACCUCGCCUAUGUCAGGGCCGACCAGGUUCCCGGCCUCGUCAGCAUCCCGCGCCGCAAACCGCUGGCACCCCCGCCCGUACCGCCACGCCCGACAUCGGCCGAGGACACUCUGAUGACUGAUGAUGGCGACAAUGUGCUCGCCAGCAUUGAGCACUGGUAA